GGCGGGAUUUCAUUGAGGGACGAAGCUAAAGCUAAAGUGAAAACACAGAGUGGGAGGCGGAGGGAAGUGAGCGCGCUGAGACUCGGGAUAAGAUCCAGAGCAGACGGACACACGCCGCGUGCGGAAAACCGGGAGAGUGAAGGACAUUGCGCUCGUGCUUGUGUUUGUCGUGCUGUAGAGUAAGCAGCGCGCGAGGCGGAGUUUGUGUCACCGCCGAUUCGAAGAAUACCAGCGCUGUAAUGAUGCUAAGCUAGUUAGCGAGCUAGCUGUGUGUUAGGUCCGGGUUUUACAAUCUAAAGUUAGCUAGGUAUCGACACACGAGUCAAUCAGAGAGUCGACUCAGAAGGUGAACUGUUCAUGCGAGUAUAAUUCAGAGUUGAGGAGAAAUCUCCCGCGGCGGUGAGAGUGCAGGAGGAGCCCCGGCCCUGAACACUCCAGCUCGGUGUGCGGAUUAAACUCCGGCGCUAACACACAGCCUCUGUGGUGAAGUUGAGAGCUCUGCGUGAAGAGCCAAACGCUGGACGGCUCAUGACUUCAGACCAGGAAGGGAAAGAUCUAGCUGAGCCAGAGGAGCAGCAGGGACAGGAAGUGGAGAAGAAAGAGAUUCCUCUUUUGGAAUCCAACAAGGUCUCUGAUCUGAACCCUAAUGCAAAAGCAUGGGCCAGUUAUAUUCCUAACCAGGAAGCGUGUGGACCAGCCUACACACACUGUCUCCAGCCAUGGGUCAACUCCAGUGAUGCAGGAAACACUGGCCAACAAGGUUUUGUGCCUAGUGAUGACUGUGAGAAAUGGAAUGAAGUACCACAAGUACCUGUGUCAGUAGGACUGCAGUCAGCAGAACCACCAGAACCUGUGGACAUGGAAACAGCAGACAAUCAGUUACCCUCUGGCCCACAGCAAGACACCAACAUAAAGGGAAGUGAUGGCUCAGAUUCCUCCAGGCAGCUAGAAGACCUCAGAGAGCAGCUGAAGGCUACCCUGGAGUUUUGUCUCUCUAGGGAGAAUCUUGCCAACGACAUGUACCUCAUCUCUCAGAUGGACAGCGAUCAGUACGUGCCCAUUGUGACUGUAGCUAAUCUCGAUCAGAUCAAGAAGCUCAGCACGGAUAUCGAUCUUAUUGCUGAUAUUUUAAAGACGCUUCCUCUUGUGCAAGUGGAUAAAUGUGGUGAGAAAGUGCGACCAAAUCAGAAUCGCUGCAUUGUUAUCCUCAGAGAGGUGCCUGAAGCCACUCCUAUUGAGGAAGUGGAGUCGCUCUUUAAGAGUGACAAAUUGCCCAGAUUUGUCCAUUGUGAGUUCGCCUAUAAUGAUAACUGGUUCAUCACAUUUGAGUCAGAAGCUGAUGCACAGCUGGCAUAUCAGUAUCUUCGAGAGGAAGUGAAGACUUUUCAAGGAAAGCCUAUAAAAGCGAGGAUCAAGGCCAAGGCCAUCGCGGUCAACACUUUUGUGCCAAAGAAUGGAUACAGGCCAGUGGAUAUGUCCUCAAACAUGCAGCAGCGCUAUACCUCGUACUACAUCCCGCCUGCAUUUGGGGCGCAGCAGCAGUUCCCCCCUUUCUAUAGACUGGUCACUCACCAGGGCUGGUCCACUACACAGGGCUACUUGGAACCCAGUUUGGUCAGUCCAUUCACUAAUCCUGGAUUCAUCAACGGCUUUGCUGGAUCUCCCACUUUCAAAUCAGCCACUGCACCUUUAACUGCCAGAGCGUACCAACCCAGGAACCGGAACCAGAAUAAAAGCCACACACGACCCUCUGCACCAGCUGCAGAACGAGGAACUGCUUUGUUGGAGAACCCCAGUUCCUUUACCAACUCCACCGAGCGCAUUCCCAAUGGGACCCGUACACCCCACACACAUCAGCUGGGCAGCCGGCCGAGAUUAUCCAGCGCUCCGAGUUACCCUCGCAGGGAGCAGGUCGGGAGUGGACGCAUGGAGAUGAAUGGAGCAGAUUACUCGCCUGUUAUGGGGAGAGGAAGGAGAAAUGGCUAUGGCUACAAGAAAAGAAGGGAUGAUAAAUUUUCAAAAGCACCCACACAGUCGCCCCCUCCAUCCCAGGAACGUGCUCCUUCUCCGAGUUUUGAGCUGGGACUGUCGAGUUUCCCUCCCCUGCCUGGAGCUGCUGGAAAUCUCAAACCUGAAGUGAAGCCUGAGAACAGCCUGGAGAGCCGACUGUCUGACAUAGUCACCGGAGUGGCCAAAGACAAGCCUGUAAAUAAGGAAGCAGCGAGCAGCAGUGUGACUUCAGGAACCCAUAGAGAACCAACACAGACUGUUCACAGUCCUGUUCCUCAGCCUGCAGUGGAACAGCAGAACCCAGUGUCUCCCAGCUACAAACUGAGCUCAUUGAAGUCACCGGAAGGAAAGCUGAAGGAAAUGACCUCACCUGUGGAGAGGUCUACAGUAUCUGAUCCUAAAAGUCUAACUCAAGUCCAGAAUACUCCAACUACAGAGCCCCGGAAGCCGAGUUACGCCGAGAUCUGUCAGAGGAUACGGGAUGCACCGACCCAGCAGCCACUAGCUGAGUCCAAACCCACUGCCGCUUCGCCUCCUUCCACAGAAGACCCCGCCUCACUCGACUCUGCAGAACCCAAAUGCAAAGAAACCCGGCCCGUCUCUGCCAAACCCGCACCUCACCGAGCCCGAGAGGCCUGGAAGUGUCACCCGGGCGUCGGAGACGUAGCGCCUCAGUCCUGAGAGCCGAGCGGAAGCAGAGGAGGGACGGAGACGGGUCGAGCGCUCGGUACCGUCCCUUGGCCCGGCCGCACGCGCACACGACAAACACUGAUGCCGAAAUCAGGGCCUGCACAUGACGGCACUCCCGGGUGCAUGAGGGUUUUCGGUUCUCUCUACUUUUACCCUGUGUUCAUUUACCACAUGUUUAAGUUUGAGUUAUGAGAUGUGAGGGUUGUGGCAUUGUUGUUGCUGGACAGUGGGAUUGUUGUUGGAGGACAGUGGGAUACAUCAGCCUACAGAGAUGAAGCUUGGUUUUGUUUUGUUUUGUUUUUUUAUUUGGAGUUUAAGGAUUUUGGUUGUUAAAGACUAAAGUAGUGCUGGUGGUGAACAGACUGAGAGUAGUACUGAUCUGAAUUUUCAGACUUUUCUUGUUUUUUUUUUUGUUUGUUUGUUUGUUGUUGUUUUUUUAAUCAGAAUGUAUAUAAUUUUGUACCCCCAGUGUACUGGCACUAACACACUGGUCUGAUUCUGUUCCUCUUUUCUACACCGGGCUAAACGUUCGUAGCUGUGAUGCCGGCGUGAUUCAGUCUGAUUUGUGUUUAGUUUUUAUUCCAUGAGUUACCACUGGAGUAGAGUUCUGAGCUCUCAUUAGGUUUUUUUUUUUUUUUUUUUUUUUUUUUUAAACCGGCAUAAACAUGACCCUUUCCCUGUUUUUUAAUCAUUCGUACUGAUGUGGUAAAGUAGCUGGCAUAACUGUUACCUUGUCCUGUGUGCAUGCUGUCUUCUCUCUUUUUUUUUAAACACUUUUAAUAGUUUCUCCUGUUCCCAUAUCGCUGUAGAAGUUUCUGAGGCUGUGUGUAAGAGACACUCAUCAUACUGACGAUUCGGCACACCUGAAAACAUCACAGGGGAAACAUGCGUGUCUGGAUGUGAUGACUGACACUACACAUCUCUCCUGAUCACUUUUCUGUGUGUGAUUUGUGGUGAUGCACCUCUCCUUGUUUUGUCUAUUACAGUAGAGGUGCGGGCGUGUUGUGUGUUGUGCGGGCGUGUUGUGCGGGCGUGUUGUGCGGGCGUGUUGUGCGGUUGUGCGGGCGUGUUGUGCGGUUGUGCGGGCGUGUUGUGCGGCUGUGCGGGCGUGUUGUGCGGACGUUUUGUGUGGGUGUGUUGUGCGGUUGUGCGGGCGUGUUGUGCGGCUGUGCGGGCGUGUUGUGCGGACGUUUUGUGUGGGUGUGUUGUGUGUCGCGGGUGUGUUGUGUGUUGUGCGGGUGAGGUGCUCCAUCUCAUCAUGUUCUGUUCUUUAUCUCAGUAAGAGGAACCAUUACGGAGAAUAAUGUGUGUCGUCAUGUUCUCAGACGCGUGUGUGUGUGUUAUUUACACGCUCAGCCUGCUAGUCAUGCACCGUGUAUCACAUAUCGUCACGUCUCUUACUGAAACUUCUCCUUUAAUCGCUCAUGUCUUUAGUUUGUUCUCGGAUCCUUACAGAUAUUUCGUUUGUUUUUGGCAGAGAACCCGAUCCUGUGUUUUGUCUUCCUGCUGUGUGGAGUUCCUCACACUGCUCUGACCUUCUGUUAUUCUGCUGAACUGGAACCAUUUCAUAUCUAAUGUCCAGUCUUUAAUCCAGUCCUCCUCCUCAUCAUCAUCAUCACAAACAGAUAAAGUUCUGAUUAAAAACUUUAAUGUGGUCAGAAAAACACCAUUAUAAUUUAACAUUGCUCCACUUGAAUUUUAUUUUAAACUUGAAGAAUGUCUCUGCCUUAACUUUUUUUAGAAGCCUGUUUGCAGUUGAUUUCAGACAGAAAAGGCUGAAGUGGUUUAGGGAAAGUUCUCAGCCUGAGUUUCUGCAUUUCUGUAGCACAAUACUCCUCGGGUUAAAUUGGGGUCAGUUCUGUUUUUUUGCUGUUUCUUUUCUUUUGUUUUUGUGUACAAUGCUUCUGGUCAGAACUGUAAUGUGUGCGUUCACUGUACAGAUGUAAAUAAUUGGGGAAAAAGUUAAAAAUGGUACCAUAAAUUGGUUAAGAGCAAGAUGUAUUAAAAUAAAUGUGGAUGAGAAACUGGA